AUGACUACCCAAAAGGCGAUCGUAGUCACCCAACCCGGGACGGUAUCUCUGGUUACUGAUCGACCGAUCCCCGCUUUGCGCGAUGACAUGAUCCUUGUCAAAACCGUUGCUGUGAGCCUGAACCCGGCCGAUUGGAAAAGUAUCGAAGAUUUUGCUCCGCCAGGCGCAUUGGUGGGAAAUGACUUCUCUGGCACCGUUGAAGCCGUCGGUCCUGGUGUCAAAAAGGCAUGGAAGAAAGGCGAUCGUAUCUGUGGAACAUCUCAUGGCUCCAAUAUUGUUCAGCACGAAGAUGGAACUUUUGCAGAGUACAUUGUGACCAGAGGAGAUAUUGCAAUAAUGGUGCCUGACAACUUGAGCUUUCAAGAGGCUACCACUGCUGGAGUUGGCAUCAUCACUAUUGGUCAAGCUGCGGCCAAUCUGAACCUCGCUUCACCCACAGAGCCCAUCACGGAUGCGACGCCUAUCCUUAUAUAUGGUGGUUCUACCGCGACCGGAACUCUGGCAAUUCAAUAUGCGAAGUUGUCGGGUUACACUGUCAUCACUACGUGCUCCCCGCACAACUUUGAUCUAGUGCGAAGUCUCGGGGCAGAUAGUUUCUUCGAUUACAAUGAACCAGGCUGUGCGGCUGCGAUUCGCAGACUUACAAAGGAUAACCUGAAGCUUGUCCUUGACUGUAUUUCAUUGCAACCGAGUGCGAACUUUUGUGAUGAUGCUAUCUCUACCUCGGGCGGGGAAUACUUGGCUCUCUUGCCGGUAAAGAUCGAGCGGGAAAAUGUGAAUGAUCGCGGAAUUCUGGGGUAUACCAGUCUCGGCGCAGCCUUCAAAUUUGGAGACAUUGACUUCCCAGCUUUUCCCGAACACAGGGCACAUGCAGAGAAGUUUGUUCUUCUGGCGGAGGAUCUUAUCCGAGGAGGUAAAAUGAAGCUUCAUCCGCAUUUGGUUGGCGAGGGUGGCUUACAGGGUGUUUUGGAGGGACUCAAACUUCUCAAAGAAGGCAAGGUCAGCGGAAAGAAACUGGUAUACAACGUUGAGGAAACUCCUCAAGUGCUUGAAUGUAUACUUGUCCAAGCAUGA